AUGCCACCUAAAGCGGACGUACGUCGUUUAUUGAAGAAACAACAAGAUGAACGAAACAAGAUAAAAAAAGUCACGCAUCCGUUUGCUAAAUAUGACGAAACGUCGCGGUUAAUGUGUAUGGUGUGUAACUCACCAGUAAAGUCGGAAGCUGUGUGGCAAGCGCAUUUGGGCUCUUUGGGGCAUCGUGACAAUAUUCAGAAAUUAAAAGUCUUGAAACAACAACAGCAACAACAAUCCUUAAAGCGUAGAGCACCUUCACCACCACCUCAGGAGGUCAAUAAACGUGUGCGUACACAAGAGAUGCAAGAUAUUGAACUGGAUGAACAAGUGUCUUCUUCUGAUGAAGAGAUGGAUUUGCCCAACGAUUUCUUUGAUGCUGGACAAGAAGAGGAAGUGAUGGAGGAAGUAGAAGAAGUAGAGGAGGAGGCAGAGGAGGAGAAUGGAGCUAUUCCUACAGGAUUUUUUGACGACCCAGAAGAAGAGGCGCGUAUUCAAGGUACGUUAGCGCCUGAAGAGCAAGCGCAGGCGGAUUUAGAAAAGGACCUGGCCAUGUUCAAUGAGGCCAUGAUUGAUGUGACCAAAGAAGCCAAAGAGGAUCAAGAUCAGGAUGAUGAAACCUUUUGGCUGGAAAGACAUGAUGAUAUCUCGCGAGAACAGGAAAUGUUUGAUAAAAGAGUCGAGUCCUUGAAAUUAAUGCGUCAAUCAGGCAAGGUCGUAAAGCAGACCAAACCAGUGGAUGAGGAUGAGAUUCGUGUAGGUUUAAAAUCAAGCGUAAGACAACUUUUGAAGAGUAAACCUGUGAAACAUACAGAAUCUAUCUUUGAUGAUGAUGAAAGUGACAGUGAAGAGGAAGAGGAUUGGCGUGCCCAACAAUUGUAA